AUGGGGAAUUGUUGUAAACGUGAAUCAUCUAUGUCAUGGGGUGGUGAUGAUUGGGAUUGUUUUGAAUCAGAAAGUUCGAAAGAAACACAACGGUGCAGUGGAAAAACGAACCAGAAGGCAGAUACUAAGAAAGAAGACAAGAAUUUGUUUACGUGUGAGACCAGUAAGUGUCAUAAGAAUGUUAUGAGUCCAUCUACAGAAGUUAAGAUUAGGAUUACAAAGAAAGAAUUGGAAGAAUUGCUUGGGAAAAUUGAUGUACAAGGCUUAUCCAUGGAGCAAAUUCUUACUCAAUUGAUCAAAACUCAUGAAGAUCAUCAGUCUUGGAGACCUGCUUUAUCGAGUAUCCCGGAAGUGAAUUAA